AUGUCAAACCUUACAAAUUUUGAAUUUGUGGGACUUGAUACAUCCGGGAAAAAUUACCUGCCAUGGGUAUUGGAUGCUGAGAUGCAUCUAAAUGCAAAAGGUCUUGGUGAAACUAUCAAAGAAAAUAAUAAUGCUUCGAUACAAGAUCGAGCAAAGGCAAUGGUUUUCAUUCGCCAUCACCUUGACCAACGGUUAAAAGAUGAGUAUCUCACUGUGAAAAAAUCCUUUCAACUCUGGAAAGAUCUAAAAGAAAGAUAUGAUCACCAGAAAAUAGUAAUUCUUCCAAAAGGUCGUUAUGAUUGGCUUUACUUGCGAUUGCAAGAUUUCAAAACUGUGAGCGAAUAUAACUCUAUUAUGUUCAAAAUUAGCUCUCAGUUGUUGUUAUGUGGAGAAAGAAUUAUUGAUGAUGACAUGCUAGAAAAAACAUUAUCCACAUUUCAUGCAUCAAAUAUGGUGCUACAACAGCAAUAUAGAGAGAAAAGUUUUACCAAAUACUCUCAAUUGAUUUCAUGCGUUCUGGUGGCUGAACAAAAUAAUGAGUUGUUGAAAAACCACGAGUCACGCCCUACUGGCUCAAACCCAUUCCCUGAAUUGAAUGAG